AUGGGUUCAAUGAAUAACGUCAUAUUUUUUGACGAGGUCAGUGGUAUAUUGGUUUGUGAAGCAAGGUGCAUUUUGGAAAACCUGAUUUCUUUUAUAGACAACCAGGAAUUUAUUAUGCCACUGGACUUAGGUGCAAAAGGAAGCUGUCAGAUUGGUGGAAAUGUUUCAAUUAAUGCUAGUGGUUUGCAUCUUGUUCUUUACGGAUCUCUUCAUGGGAAUGUACUUGGUAUUGAGGUUGUUUUAGCAAAUCAUGAUAUGCUUGACAUGCUUGGGACUCUAAGGAAAAAUAAUACACGGUAUGAUUUAAAGAAUUUAUUUAUAGGAAGUGAAGGAUCCUUAGGAAUUAUAACCAAGUCAUUGGAUCUGGUUCUAGAUCAUUUGGAAGGUAGGGCACCUCAGUUGUUUGAUGAAAUGCUUGAACAAGUUGAAGAAAUAACAUUAAAGCUUGAUUGGGAUGGGCUUGUUGUUAUUGGUGGUGAUGACUUCAAAACAAAUACUUACCUGCUUGUUGAGAAUUUCAAGAGUAAGAAUCUAAAAACUCAACUCCUUCUAGUAUCAAUUCAUUGGCCUUUUGAUAGAGGAAAAAGAACUAGAUUAUUGGAUGGAUGGCCUGUGCUACCCCCUUUUGCUCUCAACCUUGAGGACAAUGUUCUUUAA